AUGAACGGCCUGAACGGGCAGUUCCCCCAGCCUGGGGCUGCCACCUGGCAGGAGCAUCGAACUCCUGAUGGUCGCCUGUACUACUACAAUGCAGCUACCAAGGUGACGCAAUGGACGAAGCCGGAGGAGAUGAUGAGCCCGGCAGAGCGAGCUCUCGCCAACCAGCCAUGGAAGGAAUAUACCGCCGAGGGUGGCAGAAAGUAUUGGUACAACACCGAGACCAAGACGAGCUCGUGGGAGAUGCCAGAUGUCUACAAACGCGCCCUCGGGACCACUGCCGGGACGCCGACGACUCCUGCCACCCCAAGCGCCUUUCCGACUCCUGGCCCAGGAGGCAGUCAGAGCUUCGACCAGUCCCGGGACUCUCGUGAGCCAAUCGGAGAAUCGCGGCAGUUGACGUUUGGCGACAACAUGCGAGCUCAACAAUUUGUCCCUGCGAGCAACGACCCGGAGUACGCCACGGCCGAAGAGGCCGAGGCAGCUUUCGUAAAACUUCUGAAGCGGAGCAAUGUGCAGCCUGACUGGACAUGGGAGCAGACUCUCCGCGCGAUAGUGAAAGACCCUCAGUACCGUGCGAUCAAGGACCCCAGGGACAGAAAGGUCGCCUUCGAAAAGUACUGCCAAGAUGUCAUAUCGCAGGACAAGGAGCGAGCCAAGGAGAGACUGACCAAACUCCGUGCUGACUUUGCUACCAUGCUCAAGAGUCACCCUGAGAUCAAACACUAUACCAGGUGGAAGACAGCUCGGCCAAUGAUCGAGGGAGAGACCAUCUUUCGCUCUACCAGCGAUGAGGAAGAACGUCGCCAUCUCUUCGAAGACUACGUCGUUGAGCUUAAGAAGCGGCACAGGGAGGAGCAGUCGGCUUUGCGCAAGAGCGCCAUGGACGGGCUGAUCGAUCUCCUCCCAAAACUGAAUUUAGAGCCCUACACUCGAUGGUCCGAGGCGCAAGAAAUCAUCUCUGGAACCCAACCGUUCCAGAGUGACGAGAAGUACCAAUCCCUGAGCAAGUUUGACAUCUUGAGCGUCUUUCAGAAUCAUAUGAAGGCAGUGGAACGCACUUUCAACGACAACAGACAAGCCCAGAAGGCGAAGAAGUUCCGCAAAGAGCGCCAGAACCGGGACGCCUUUUUGAGUCUGCUAAGUGAACUGAAGAACGACGGCAAGAUCAAGGCUGGCACGAAAUGGAAGCAGAUUUAUCCACUGAUCGAGAAUGACGCGCGCUACAAAGCCAUGAUCGGCCAGAAUGGAUCUACUCCGCAGGAGCUGUUCUGGGACGUGGUUGAAGAAGAGGAGCGCGGGCUUCGAGGCACUCGCAACGAUGUGAUGGACGUGCUUCAUGACAAGCGAUUCGAGGUCACCCCCAAGACAGAUUUCCAAGACUUCCUUGCGGUGAUGAAAGAAGACCGACGUACUGCUAACAUUGACCGAGACAUACUAAAGUUCAUCUAUGAGCGGCUUCAGGAAAGAAGAGCAAAGCCGCAGGAGGAGGACCGGCACUCUGAGCGCCAACAGCGCCGAGCUAUUGAUGACCUGCGCUCCUACAUGAAGCGUUUGGACCCCCCUAUCACAUUGAGUGACACUUACGAAAAGGUCAAAUUGCGUCUCCAGAAGACACCAGAGUUCCAGGCAGUGACUACCGAGGAGGGGCACCGCAGCGCGUUCGAUAAGCAUAUGCGGCGCUUGCGAGAGAAGGAAGAAGAUCUGGAAAAGGAUCGCCGCCGCCGCGAUCGAUCGCGUGAUCGUUAUCGGGAGCGUGAGAGAGAGCGAAGCAGAGACAGAGGUGAGAGAUCUCAUCGUGGUGGACGGACGCCUCGUAGGUCCAGUCGCAGCCCAGAGCCAGACCUUUACGAAGCCGACCGCCGCAAGGCCAUCGCUGAGAGAGAGCGUAACUAUCGCAAGUCGAGUAUGGCCGAGACUUUACUGUCAGACCGCAGGUCGUCAGACGGGCAUGAUCUUCAUCGGGACAGGGACAGGGAGAGGGAGAGGGAGAGGGACAGAGACCGAGACAGAGACCGAGAUCGCUAUAGAGAUCGUGAGCGAGACCGUGAUCGGGAUCGUUACCGCGACGAGGAUCGGCCCCCUCGCUCUCGUCGUGACGACCCGCUUGAUCGUUAUGAGCGUGAGCGCCGCGACCGCGAAGAGGAACGUGAGCGUUCCUACCGCCGUCGAGUCGUCGAAAAAGAUGUUGAUGACCUCAAUUACGAUGAGAAACCGUCAAGCGCGAGGAGGCGCCGUGCCGAUGACGAUGAUGAGCGCCGCCCAGAUUCCAGGGACUCCAAGAGACUGAAGAGAGACAUUUCACCUCGUGAGCGUACCCCCCGUCGUGAUGGUCGUCUGAAGACUAGGUCUCCGCAACCGCCCGCUUUAUCUAAGGACGAGCCUGCGGGCGUGCAUUCCGGCAGCGAAGAGGGCGAGAUCGAGGAAGACUAG